UUUCAGGAACAUACUUUGGUUGGUUGUCCAAAUGAUGUGACGAAGCCAGACAUACAGCUGCAAGGUCUAGGUAUCCAACCUGAACACUGUGUUGUUGAUAUCACUGAAAAUGAAGUUUUUGUCACUCCUGUGGAAGGUGCAAGAACUUGUGUGAAUGGAUCAGUGAUACAUCAGUGCACAAAGGUGAAGCACGGGGAUAGAAUAUUGUGGGGAAAUAACCACUUCUUCCGCAUCAAUACACCAAUACAAAACAGUCCAACAACAAGUAAUCCUGAAGAUGCUGAUCAAACGAUCGACUACAAGUUCGCUCAACAAGAGUUGAUGAUGAAAGAGUUUAGUAAUGAUCCUAUAUCAGAAGCUAUAUGUGCAGUAGAGAAACAGUACGAGGAAGAUAAACAAGUGGCUCUAGAACAACAGCGUCAGAUGUACGAGCGUCAGAUGCAACAAUUACGUUACCAGCUUAUGUCACCAGGUACACCAUCCAUGCCAUUCCCGCCUGUUAUGACCCCUACCGGUGUACAAAGUGGAAUACAAAGGAAAUAUCAACAGUGGGCACAAGAAAGAGAUAAGAUGUUCAAGCACAGUCUGUCGAUGCUACGUGAGGAAGUUGUUAAAGCGAACUCAUUGGUGCGUGAAGCUAAUUUUCUAGCGGAGGAGAUGGGGAAACAGACGGAAUUCCAUGUCACUUUACAAAUUCCAGCAUCCAAUCUAAGUCCAAAUAGACGGAGAGGAGCAUUAGUAUGUGAGCCGGCCAUCUUGGUGCGUAGAAAACAUCGUGGCAGCCAGGUUUGGUCGAUGGAGAAGUUCGAGAACAAGAUUAUAGAUAUGCGUGACAUGUAUGAGGAUCGUAAAUCGCAAGGAAUACCUCUACGGGUAGAUGACUCCGAUGAAUCUGAGUCGGAUGAUGGACCGCCACAAAAAGGCGACCCGUUUUAUGAAUCGUACGAGAACCAUAACCUGAUCGGAGUUGCGAACGUUUUUCUCGAUUGUCUGUUUUACGACGUAAAGCUCGAUUAUCAGGUGCCUAUCAUCAGCCAGCAAGGAGAGGUUGCUGGUAAACUACACAUGGAGAUAUCAAAGCUAGGUACGGCCAUGAUGGACCGCUACGCAGAUAUAAAUGAUGACAGUGAUGACGAGGAAGGUAACGAGGAGGACGCUGAUCGAUCUAUGUCAGUAGGAGCUCCACUCAUAAUCAGAGUAAAGAUAUGUGAAGCAAAAGGCCUGCCAAAAGAUUUAUCAAACUUUGUGUUUUGUCAGUACUCUUUCUGGGGUCAUGAUGAACCAAUAUCUGUACCCCCAGAGAUUAACCCUGACACUAGUAAAGACAAGAGGGACUCCAAAUGUAUCAAGUUUAAUCAUGAAAGGGAUUUCAAAGUUUACAUGUCAGAAGAGUUCAUAGAGUAUGCCCAGGAAGGGGCACUGUUUAUAGAAGUCUGGGGACAUAAAGUUGUUGGUUUUGGUCAGUCGAACUCCCAGAUAGAUAGUGUGGCCAGGUCUAAUUCAUUGGUGGACAGAUGGCAUGAAGUAACAAGGAAGAUAGAAGUAUGGGUAGAGAUACACGAGGUGAACGAUCAAGGGGAGUAUGCCCCUGUUGAAGUUAAACCUCAGUCUGACGUCCCCUCGGCUGGCGUGUUCCAGCUUAGACAGGGUCACGCUAGACGCAUUUUGACACGUAUAAAGUCACGGGCUGACUCCGGCACUCUUCCAUUAAUCUGUGAUAGCGUUAGCUCCCUUGCCAUUGGUUGUAUAUGUGCGCGAUCUAAGUUACAGAAAGGCUUGGAUAGUUAUCAGGAAGAAGAUCUGGGUCACUUGAGAGAUCGGUGGAACGAGGCAUUGUCAAGGAGACAUAAAUACCUGGACAGCCAAAUUCAAAGUCUUAUAAAUAAAACUGAUAAAACAGAGGCAGACUGUGAUAGAGAAAGGGCGUUAAUAGAUCAGUGGGUGUCGCUGACUGAAGAGAGAAAUGCGGUUAUGGUCCCGGCAGCUGGAAGUGAAAUACCCGGGGCUCCCGCAGACUGGGAGGCCCCGCCAGACAUGGAACAACAUAGACCCGUGUUAUUUUUAGAUUUAAAUUCCGAUGAUAUGACAACACCAAAUGCUAAAGAAGGCACCCAAGCUGCUGGUAUUAACUCUAUACUGCCAAAAGAACAAUCUAAUAACUACAUGGCUUUACCAAUACUCAAAGCUUAUACUGAAACAGAUAAUGUUUGUGCAAUAGCAUCCUGGGAUUCCUCGAUCCACGAUUCUGCAAACCUGAACCGUAUAACAGGGGCAGAUAAUCGUGUGUACCUGAUACUGAAGAUCGUGUUACGAUUGAGUCAUCCGGCGUACAUGGAGGUUGUGCUGCGUAAACGAAUCUGCGUUAACAUUAAACAUCGUAACAUGAGUCUCACAGAUAAACUGAAGAAGAAAAUGUGGAUGGGUGGGGAAAGCCUACAUGCUAGUGGUGUCACAUUUGAUGUUGUAUCAAACAUUCCAAAGGCAUCUGAAGAUUUAGAGCAUAUGGAAAGUCUCGCCCAGAUGGCGGCAUCACAGAAUGAAGUGAGUGCAGCCGAUGGUGAAACGUACAUAGAAAAAUAUAUAAAAGGUGUAUCUGCUGUAGAAAGUAUACUUACACUGGACCGACUUAGACAGGAAGUUGCUGUAAAAGAAUUAAUGGCUAAACAGGGGCAGUCACUCCGUAAAACCACAAGUGUUCCAAAUAUACAUCAGUUAAUGACCACCCCACCAAGGUUAGAAGAAAGGAUGAGAUUUGAGAGUAUACAGGAUCUGUCUAUGCAUGAUACAAGCCUACGCACUGGAACAGCAGCUACCUGGAUGAGUGAGUGUGUAAAUGCUACUGGGUCAUCUCGUCCCAGCUUUCUAGAUUUGAAACUGCCCUCCCUCAAUGUGACUCCAAAAUCUGCUCUGAGCCCACUGGCAUCAAAGCUAAGUGUUGGAAUGAAACCAUUACAGACAUUGCGAGAAGAACAACAGCGCGAGCACAAACCACUCCUAGACACUGACCAGUCAGCGGAUAAUGUUGAUUCGGAAAAUAUUGGAGAAAACGGAAAGGUAAAUUUGAUUUCUCAUUCCGGAACGUGCGAUAGUAUUGCUGAAAGUCAUGGUAAAGGUUAUACUCCCAGUAUGACCUCUAGUGGAUAUGGGUCACAGGCCGUUUCGACCUUGACUUUAUCAUCGGAGGAUUCUUUGAGUCUAAGAAGUAACGAUGAUUCUGAUUUACACAGAAUGUCACGUAGACCUGGAAUUGAGCACUGUAGCAGUGGAGACAGUGACGGAGAUGAUUCGGCUCAAGGUCAUUCAAGUGCAAUAAGGUCAGAGGUCAUAGAGGAGAUUGAAGGUCAAGUUCAUGACUUGAAUCUUUGUUCAAGCAAUGAAACUUUAGAAAAUCUUAAUGUAGAUACAAAUAGUGUAGAGGACGUAACUCAAAGUAAAAAUGAUGGAAAGUUGAAAGUCAAUGAUUCAGAAAAUACAGAUAAAAUUUCACUGAAAUCUGAUCUCACGGAGAAUGAAGAUGAUGAUGAUGAAGAGGAAAAAGAGUCUGUUCAACUUCAUAUUAGUGAGGAAGACCUGAGCUCUACUGGUAAAGAUGAGUAUGUUGUUGAAAAGGAAAGAAAUCUAAGUCAAGAUAAUGUGCAAUGUAAGAAUGAUAAUAGUAAAGAUGACCAGGUGGUUAAUAAUAAUGCUGAUGAUGCUAAUUGUGAUAAACAUGAAUCAGAAAACCAAAGUCAUGGUAGAAAUAGUUCAAGAUCUACCAAAGGAAGUGAUAGUUCCUUUAAAUGCUCCAGCAGGACUCUUUACUUUCGACAAAAGUUAAAGAUAAGAGUCUUUGAUACUGGGGACCGAGGUUAUGAAGAAAUUCUCCAAGAUCCAACUCGUAUCUCAGGAAUCUCCUACAUACAACCAUCUAAAUUUCCUACCAAAGGAAGUGAUAGUUCCUCUAAUGCUUCCAGAGGACCUCUUUACUCAGACAGUGUAGAUCCUUACAGUCUAGAAGCCAUGGAAGAACUAGAAAAACUAGGGGACGAGUUUGGACCUGAUAAUUCAGAAUUUGUCUCAAUGAAUGAAACAACUGAUAGUAUAAAAGAUAAAAGUAUAGGAAAGAUAAGUAGCUCUGAUCAAACCGAGGUUAAAGACAAACAAGAUUUAGAUGAUAGUUUUAUGAAAAGUGGUUUAAAAUUGAUGCCAGAGAAUCAGAGUACGCCUAUAAAAAGGGAGAAAAGAAAAGCUGGGACUAGAUCUGAGCCGAGACCCGUGUCGUGCAUCGUUACUUCUGACAAUGAUUUGUUAGAUCAGUCGUUACAGGAGAGAAGUAAGAGAAACAGUCUAGAUUGUUCGGAUGAACAUCUGUCAGAAGACUCUAUGAGCGUAUGUUCGUUCGGUUCCCGGGCAGACUUGGAUAGACUGUCAGAGGUACCGAUGCCGUCAUGGAUACAGGUUGGAGAAAGUGUCAUGGUAACCACUUCUAAAUUAGCUUCAAAGAUGACGGGGGUCGUUCAGUUUGUUGGAAAUGUGGAAUUUGCGAGUGGCCCGUGGGUAGGCGUUGAAUUGGAUUUACCAGAAGGAAAGAACAAUGGGUCUGUAAAUGGGAUUCCGUACUUCCGUUGUCGACCAAGGCAUGGAAUAUUUGUUAGACAUGAUAAACUCAUAAUGGACAAGAAACGACGCGGGUCUAGGAAAAGUGCUGCUAAUUUGCUGAAUCGUAAAUCACUUGGACAUGUGCCAGGAAGUAGUCCUUCAUCUAAAGCGGGCACCUCUUUCACCAAGAAAAAGUAGUUCCACCGGUCAUCAUUUAAUACUGUAUCAUAAAAGAGAUUUAUUUUGUCAAAAUUUUGACUUUUUAAGUGUUGUUGAAUGCAUGAACGGUUAUUUUAUUGCUGUCUUUAAAUAUGCACAACUGUGAAGAAUUUAAAAAAAAUAAAUCUGUUGCGAAAUACUUGAUCGAUCGAGUGUACAGGGCUAAGAGGAGAUAACCGUGUAGGAAAUUGUUUAUGGAAUUAUUUAUUCAUAUAUACAUGUAUAUAUGUGUUAACUUUUCAUGUUAAGAAAACAAUGUAACAUAAGCCUCGCCUGCUGAAUUUUUUUUGAUUUUAUCGAAUAAUUUUUUAGCCUGAUUUCACCAAAAUGGGGAUGUG